AUCCCUGCGUCGAUGGCUCUGAGACGCUGGCAUAUAUUAGGAGACGCCAAUGACCUCGAAUUGAACCCAUUCACUCCCGUUCGCAAAGGGCCCGAUUCCACAGCUGCCAAAAAUGGGCUCCAGCAUGCGCCAAGGUGGAAUUCAGCAAUUAUUGGCUGCAGAGCAAGAAGCUCAACAUAUUGUCAAUGCUGCUAGGAAUGAAAAAAUGGCCCGGCUAAAGCGGGCUAAAGAAGAGGCUGAAAAGGAGGUUGCUGAAUAUCGUGCCCACAUGGAAGCUCAAUUUCAGAGGAAGGUUGUGGAGAGUAGCGGGGACUCUGGUGCAAAUGUUAAGCGCCUCGAAGAAGAAACUGACGUGAAGAUCGAAUACCUGAAGUCACAGGCAGCAAGCGUUUCCCUUGAUGUUGUUAAUAUGCUUCUGAAGCAUGUGACUACUGUUAAAAAUUAAGCUAUCAUUGGACUUACCUGGGGGUGGUUGUGGAUGAUAUCUUGAAUAUUUUUGAACUAAUAUCAAUUUUUUGUUAAUUCAGAGCAUCUGAUGGACAUUCUGUCUCAUGUAAUGCUUGUAACCAUAAAUUUCAAUUCUGUUCUUCAAAUAAGCUGCCUUUGCAUUUCCCAGA